AUGUUCAACACCUUCAGACGUUACUUCUUUGCUUCUUCCUCCAGAAUGGUUUCCGACGCUACAAAGACCAAAGUCAACCAGUUGAUCAGCGAGAACCCCGUGGUGAUCUUCUCCAAAGACUACUGCCCAUACUGCUCCAAAACCAAGAGCACCAUCUCGGCCCUCACCGACCUGGCCUACAUCUUGGAGAUUAACACCAUCCCAGAUGGCGCUGAAAUCCAGGACUACUUGUACGAAAUCUCCCAGCAGAGAACCGUGCCUAACGUCUACAUCAACGGUAAGCACGUGGGUGGCAACUCUGACGUGCAAGACUUGAAGUCCCAGGGUAAGUUGGACGGCUUGCUCAAGGCUGCCCUUUAA